AUGGAAAAAAUUGAGGGGAUUUAUAAUGGGCAGUGGUAUGUGGUGUGUGAUUUGAACAAAGCUCUUGAGGAACUGGUCAAAAUUCUCAAUGUCAUGAAAAAAGCUGUUAAAUUUAUUACUGUCCAAGCAGAAGAGGGAAAUAUGUCAAAUGAGGGUCUCGCAAAGAUGGUUAUUACUUUGACUUAUACAAUGACGCGCAUCGAGGAUAAUGUCAACAAACUUGUACAGUUUAUGAGGCAGUUGAUUCUAACAUUUGACAAAGUCAUUCUCCUGAUGCAUAACAACCUAAAAGCUGAACACGAAGCUGUUAAAGAUAUGCUGAAUAAAGUUGUACAGCCAUACAACCAUCAACUGAGUGACAGCACCAAACAUCUGGUCAAGAAGAAAAAAACCAAGUCACAACAAUGAUAACUCAAGCAUAAGAAUGUGAUUAAGUAAAUUUUGAACUUAAUCUAAUUUGAAACUUUGCCGAAUAUUUUUGAGCCUGAUGCUCAGAAACAGUUACAAUUACAAUUGAUUUUAUUGAAUUUGUGAGUCAAUGAUAGAGCUGUCACUGAGAAGUUACAAGUAAUAAAUAGUUCCUCAGAAAUGUGCUUUUGUAUCAUUUUAAAGUACAUUGUAUCUUAUUACUAUCAAUUUUCUCCUUAGUAUAAACCUAAGUUCAGGUCCAUAAUCGAACUAGUUUUGUACCCUUGUCAGUUUUAACUGCCAGGGAUAAAUGAAAAAAUUUCAUUGAAAAUUACAAACUGCCUGCAUACAUCGAAUGUUUUGUAAACACUUUUAAUUAGUUACUUCAAUUGAUUUUACCAGUGUCUUAUUUUCAGUUCUAGUUCUACAGAAGGUAUUAAUUAAAAAGGUAUUAGUGUCACUGACUGUUACUCAGAUAGUGUUAUCCCUUCCUUGUUUAAAUCUGCUGCUUGAAGGAAAAUUGUAAAAUCACAGUUUUUAUAGCAAAAUAUAAUCAUCAUGACAUCCAGUAGUGAUCAGUGAUCUUUCCCAUGAAACACACUGUGAUUGAGAACAAAAAAAAAGAUUCUCCUAAGAUUUGUGUUUGGAUAGGAGACCAAAGUCUUGUUGCCAAAAAAGAAAGAAGCCAUAGAGGGGAAAGUUUCUAAAGAAACUGUGGUGCUACAUCAGUGGGAGAGGAGAGGGGUCUUACAAGAUUACACUAUAACUUGGUUUAAUCAACUGAGUUGUUGAUAUAAAUUGGCCACCAUAAAAGUUUACAAGGCUGACGUUGAAAGUAUUGGCCCUUCAUUUGAGCAAGUCUAUUCCCUCCAAUGAAGGGCUAAUGCUUGGAAUGUCAGCUUGAGAAUCUCCUUGUGGUGACCAAUUCACAUUAUCAAAUAAAGUGGGAAAACCAGAUGACAAAGAAACAAAUAGGUUUUAUUUGAUCCGUGUACUGACCUUACAGGCUAAUUAUUUGUUUUAUCUCUUCUGAAGUGAUCUUGAACUUAAUCCUUUGAUCUGUGACUGUAACCUGAAAUGGAUGGUGAAAUGGAUUGCAAAAAGUAGGCCAGACAGACGAUCAUCUAUUAAAGGCACUUGUGAGGAACCUCUUAAGCUGAGGGACAAAACAAUUGCAAGUGUUAACAAGAAGGAGAUGAUAUGUGGUAAGGUGUUUAUAUAAUUUUGAGUCUCUCAGAUGCUUGGUUUGGGGGGCAGUCCUUGGAAUAUAUGCUCCAAGGAAGCUAAAUGUGAAAUAAGGAGACAUUUUUUAACCUUGAAGGCAUAUUGUGCCUUUGAGUAUUUUAUUUUGCCAAAACAGAUUUGUUUUUUUCACACAAAGCUUGAGCCCAUAGAUAGUUAUUGAUGUAACUCAGAAACAAGAAUAUUAAAAUACUGCUGACAGCACUUGUUAACUGUUAAUUUUUCUUUAUAGAUAAACAUGCAUUAAAAACCAUGUCACUUGGUCCACAAGGAGAUCAAAUUGCUUUCAAUGGUGACAGUUAUUCCUUUGAAUGUAACUCAUCUUGGAUUCCUGGCACACAGUUAAGUUGGUACAAGAACAAUAAACCAGUCACUAAAGACAAACGGAUAGGCAUUGAUUUGAAGCGUGACCAUGACAAACUUUUACUUUCAUCUGUCUUGCACAUAAAACAACUUACUGUGGAAGAUGGGGGCCAUUACAGCUGUAAUGUUACAAACAAAGGAGGCUAUCUGCAUAUUUGGACAUCACGUCUCUCGAUAAUUCCAUCUAAUGGUAAAUUCUGCAGAGCAGUUACCACAAAGAAUGAACGGGGAACAUUUCACUGGCAUCAUACAGCUGCUGGGGGUAUUGCCUUCUUGCCCUGCCCUGUUGGUGUAAGGAGCAGCCUGAUAGAUGGUAUGGGAGAUAAAAUCAUGGCCAGAAGAAAUUGCUCAAGAGAAGGUGUCUGGAUGCCUGUAGAGGCACAGUCAUGUGCUCAUGCCAGUGAAAUAACUCGUGCUUUGUAUGAUUUAAAACAGGUAAAACUAGUUGUUAGAGAAUGGUGUCAUGUCAAGUGCAUGAAUAGGUUUGGUUAAGGAGUAACAAGUGUUUUUUGCCACCUUUGGUGGCUUGUUAGACUGUAUUAACCCUUUCACUCCCAGAUCUUAUAAGUAAUUCUCUUUACCAUCUGCCAUAAAGUUCUUAUGAUUUUAGAUCAGUAAAUGUGGUAUUGAAUAAACUAAUAAUCCCCUAAUUGAUAUUUUUCUUUUAUUCUCAUGGCUUGUCUGUUUGUAAUUGUUCGUCUUGGACACUCAUAAGAGUGUAAGGGCCAAGCAAAGCCAAGACACUUUGUUAGUUAUUAAUAUAUUUUUGGGGGAAAUUUUAGGCAAACAGGAAACUAAAGUUAUGUUUACAGGGUCCAAUUGUUAUUUGUGGCAACCAUGCAUUGUGGAGUACUUGGAGUUGUAGUAUUACUACCAGAAAUACUGCCUGUAUUUUCUAAAUUUAAUUUGACAAAUUUUUAAUCUUUAUGGGUGGACACACUUCAGGCUUGAGAGCUGGUUGCUUUUCCGGUGGUAGGACCUUAUUCUUUUAUCUCCAAGAUAAAUAAGAGAGUAUGCAGCUAGUUUAUGGCCCAUUUUCCUGUGACAACUCUCUAUGUAUCUCCAUUAUUUCCUGUCAGUGUGAAGCAAAAAUUUUGCUAGAUAUUUCAUUUCACUUCCUUUAUUAUGAAAGAAAGUAACAGCUUGGAGUCUGCAUGUAGUUGUUGGCAUUAUAAAGUUGGCAAAGAAACAGGGCAAGGAAACUGUCUCUUUUCUCAGAACUUUGUGAAAUUUAUACUUUUUCUAGUAUGGGUAAGAAAUGUGUUUACAUGUAUUAUUUCCAUUUUGACCAGAAAACAGUUAACGAGACAACAGUUGAAUCUGUCAGCGGGAAUUUACUGAACAUAUCAAGACGAGCUAAGGAAUAUACAGAUCCACUGGAUGUUGUAUAUACUGCUGACAUUGUGAAGAAUUUGGCACAGGUCAUUGGAGGAGAUAAAAAAGUAAGGAGCUUGUGGGUUUUUUAUCAACUUUCCAAGGUCACCCUUCUAAUGCAUUCUGCACUAUUGUUUUCACUGUUCACAUAGUGUUUCUUUGGGAGUAUUAUCAAUAGUCCAUUUUACAGUUGUGUGCUUGGUUGCCAAGCCUUUGAACAGGAAUGAGGUUAAGGGUGACCUUGUUAUGAUACAAACCUUGCUGCUUUUCAAAUGUAAAUUACUUUGUUAUCAUGCUAACUAGAUACUGGUCUCUAUCACAGCAAGGUCACCUUCAGCCUCACUCCAAAUCAAAGGCUUGGCAACUAAGUACACAACUGUAAAAUGACCUAUUCUCUAUUAGUGUAAUCGCCUAUUUUACAGUCAUGUGCUUAGUUAAAAAGCCCUUGCUGAGGAGCAUACAGAGAUAGACCCUGAUGUGAUAGAGACUACCAAGUAGUUUGAGGGAUAUCAAAGUUAUGAAUGACAAAAAAAAAACAACAGCAAUAUGGUUUGUGUUGGAAAAAGGUCAUCCAUAGCCUCUCUCCUAUUCAAGGGCUUGGCAACUCAGCACACAGCUAUAAAAACUGGAUGACUCUAGCUGAAGUGAUUAUUCAGGUCAAGAAUAAUGUCAUGCUUAUUCUUGUCCAGAGCCCAGUUGUUCAAAGGUUGGAUACUGUGAACCAAUGGAUAAAUCACCAUCCAGUGGAUAAGUGUGAACAAAAUAUGCUGCACUAUCCACCAGAUAGUGAUUCAUCCAUUGGUAGAGUUAUCCACACCCUAAACAACAGAGCCAGGUGAUUAUUAAGAUGGAAUUGCUCUGAUUGAUGGAGUAUUACAUUGUAUAUUCUUGCAUUUCCCCUGUAUGAAAUCAUGAUAAUCAUGAAGUGCUAAUUUACAAAAUGGCCUUAAUGCGUUUUGUUGAUGUUCUGAAGAAACUCUAAUACAUAUCAACACGAAAGAAAGAAAGUAUUUUUGAACAAUACAAUGCACUUGUCAUGAAAUUAUCUACCACAGGACAAAUCACCUCAUUAAAUUGAUUCUUAUUUCUUAAGGCCUUCACAUACACUGCACAUGUUGUACACAUAUAUGCUCUUGCCAUGGUGCCAAAAUAUACUCCUGACCAUGUAUUUUAUCAAUUUUAAGGUUGAUUUUUUUUUCUUUUUCUCGUGUUACAGCUUGGUGAAAAUUUAGUUGGAACCAUCAGUAACAUGAUGGACGCUGAUACGUCAUUGUUACAAGAAGCUCAGAGGAGGUCAAAGUCUUGUUCAAGGUUUGUAUUCUUAAAUAGCUUUAAACCGUGCAGAUAGCUAGACUAAGCUAGACCAAAUAAUACAAAGUUUGCUAUGAAACAAUGUUCCUUUUCUAAGAAAUAUGCUGGGUAUUCAAGAUGUUUGAGCUUUGAUAAUACCAAUAAUUAUAAUAAUGAUAAUAAUAAUAAAAGUAAUAAUGGUGCUAAGGAUAGUGAUCAUGAUAAUGAUUAUGAUAACAAAAGCAAUGAAAGUAAGGAGGAUAAUGAUAAAGAUACAGAAUUGACUUGGAAUACCUCAUUUCACUAGAGAGGCAAAUUUUCCAUGAAAUAGACCCAUUGGUUCAUGUCACAGAUGAGUUGAUUUACUCAUUGAGGGGUGUGGUGGAAGAUUUGCAUUGGAUAAGUUCACAAUGUCAAAUCUAGUGCCUAAAACCACUUUACCUUCCCACCUUCAAGGCUUUCUGUUGAAAAUACACUACUGUAAGACAUGGUCAGAAAAAAAAGGUUUGCACCUUGCAAGCAUAAAUUAUUUGUGAAUCAAUAAUCAGAACAUUCCCUUUUUUAGGUUAGAAAUCUAUCAACUUAAUUUAAAGUACUUAAAACCUACUAUGAUGUUUACCUACAGCAUGGUGCUUCGUGUGGGCUUACUGGCGACAAGAUUUCCUUUGGACGUUUUAUCACAAUUUGAUGUGUCCUUCUUGGCAAACAACUUAGCAGUACAUGUUGUGCAAACCUCACCCCUCGAUGUUUUAGGCAAAAUGUGUCAUGUGACGACAGACAAGAACUCCAGAUUGCUGCGUGUAAAUUGUAUCUCAUGUGAAUACAAUAAGUCAUGUACUAAGAAACCGGUAUGUGCAGUAAUGUAUUAUCACAUAUUCUAUAAUUAUCUUCAUAUUAUAGUAGCUCCUCCCCCCCCCCUCCCUCCCCGCGCAAUCACCCCCUCCCUCCCCGCGCAAUCCCAAACCAUAGUGAAAGCUGACGUGCAGAGCUGGAUGGGUUGACGUGAAAAAAACCGUCCGGCUUUGCACUCACACGGCUCCAUUGCAUUUUUCGAGAACGUUCAUUGAAAUUGUGGACUUCGACUUGCAAUAAAACAAAUGAGAAAACGGGUCGCGCUUGUUUUGACUUGAAGAAAAAGAGGAAAGUUUUAACUGUCGUACCUUUUUUGUAGUUGUCUAGGUCGAGCCCUAUUUUUGUAUGCUAAUACAUGUGCGGAGUAAAACAAAAUUUUCGAAAUUUUCACCACUCAGUGGUCAUAUGAUAUAAUGCUUGUUCUCUUUUUAUUUAAGCUUUUGAACGCUUUUACUUUUACUGCAGAUGACAGACACCUCCAUAUACCUUCCUCCAUCGCUAUUUCCGCAAAUCCAAGCUGGUGUAAAAUUUCAGUUUAUAAUCUAUGCCAAUAGUAAACUUUUUCCAGAACUUUCCAAUUCAAGUGGAGUUCAUACCAGGAGAGAGGUGUCUAGUAGUGUGAUGUCAGCACAGUUUGGUGAGUAGAAUUGACUGUGAAACUUAAAGCACACUGUGAUACCAGUAUGUAGCUUAAACAAUUUACCGUAGGUCGUUUAGAAGAAGAAGACUCAAGAAGCCGUAAAUGAACGAAGGGGAAAAUGCAAGUUUAAAUUAAAAUGUAGUUUAAAUUCCUUAUGGUCUUAAUCACUAAUACAACUCUUGCUAAAAGGAACCGUUUAUUCAUUUGAACUUUUGAAGGCUUGCAUGUCAAGAUGUCUUGAAAAAAAUGGCAUCAUUGAACCAGAAGUUUAUGCUUCGUAGUUAUUUUAUUGAUUUUCUUUUUAUCUGCGGUAAUGUGAUUUUCCAAAUCUUAAUCACAAAGAUAGUUACCUACAAGAUACUUGUACAAGGCUUCGCAGUUCAUGUUAUUUGUUUCCAGUUGUGUUAUGUGUUUAAAACUGACUUUUCAUGUUGUGCAUAACUUUUGCUCCAGAGGGGAUUCAAUUGACGAAUUUUUCUCAGCCUAUUAUCAUGGAAUUCAAAAAUCAUCAGGUUUGUGCUUCAAUGAUUUGUUACUAUUGAUGUUAUUACUUAAUUCGAGGUGAGCCUUAAAUAUUCCACACCAUACAAAAUUAAGUAUUGUUCUCAGGGUUUUCCUGUCUAAAAUGAACGGAAUGACAAUAAGAGUACUUCUCAGUUGAGUUUCGAUAAAACCAAAAUCAAAGUGAUCACAACAGCCAAUCGUAACAAAGAAAAAUAUCCUCAGAUGUUAAAUCCCAAAAUGAGGACACCUGCAUUGUAAAUUGAGAAAACGCCAGUGACCAAUUGAACCUUCUGUUGAGGGGAUAGAAGACUUCCCAGACAACCACGGAGCUUAGAGAAGUAAACAAGGGCAGUCCUGGAUUACCAUGGAUACACGAAAGAAACUUGUUCCGAAAGAGUCCUCUUAGAGCUGACUCUCGAUCUUUCCGUUAUAUUCACAGAGUGGUGACGAACCUACGCCAGUUUAUUGGGAUCAUGGUGGCAAUGGUAAGUUUUGUUAUCUAGCCGUGGAACUGUGUUUGUGAAUUUCAUGUGUGGCAACUGAUGUGAUUCGAUUGUUUGUAGAUGGACCUGGAAGUUGGAAAGAGAAUUCUGACUGCAACAUGGUUUCAUCUCAAGGCAACUAUACAAUCACAGAGUGCUCACAGCUUUCUAGCAAGGACUACUUUGCUGUCAUGAUGGUAAUUUGACCGUCUUUGUUUUUCCUUAUAUUUUUCAGCAUGCUGAAAUAGUUUGUUCACCAAAUGUUUUAAUACUCUCUUUGUAGACUAUGAAGACACCAGCGGUCAGUGCAAUCACUGAUGACGAAUGGACUGUGGUGCCAUUUUCCAUAGAGAUCGUUGUGUUCGUAGGUGCAGGAAUCUCUGUGCUUCUCCUCCUUGCUACGCUGAUAGUGUAUGCACUGAUACGGUAAGAGCAUCCACUCUGUGCUGGUCACAUGGGGCAUAUGUAGUCCCCACCGGCUCAAAGCGGCAAUUUCCCGCCAUAUGAAAUAAAGGUUAUUUGAUGGCAGAGUGCUACGGCGUAUUUUUCGGUAUGUUCGUAAUCUUGAAAAUUACCGGCGUUCUUAGCAUUGUUAUUUUCCUGCUGAGGUUUAAAUCUAACAGCAUGCAAAGCAAUGUUCAAAUGAGUGUUAAAAGACCUAAUUGGCUCUUUGGGAUAUUUUCAUUUGUCCUGAUUGGGUCUUUGGGAUAUUUUCAUUUAAUCUGAUCGGCUGUUUGUGAUCACUUAGGUUAAAUAACACCGCUUUUACCGCGAAUUUUUCAGUAAUAAAAUUUCUUCUGGUAUUUAAAAUUAAUCUUCUUAAAAGUUGUAAUUUUUAGUGUUAAUGAGUUGUAUUUCAAAUUCUGACUUAACCCUCUACAUCUUCGGAAGGAAUUGUUUGAGAAUCUAAUAACGAGGACGUAGCGAAUUAUUAAGGGAGCUUAAGCACAUCGUUUUUUAGACGUAGCAGCCGGAGGUUGAAAGUUCCCUUUCCUAGUUUUUAAUACGCCUUUUUGGUCAGCACAAUUUGGGUUUAACGACGACCAUACGGUCCUAUAUAUUAGCGUAAAAGUCCGUCAUAAUUAGUUCUAUUCUACCUCCGGUUGUAGUCUGCGUUUCAAAAACUACACUGCUUAAGUUCUCUGAUGUUUUUUAGAGUUACUGAAUAGCCUGCCUGGGUGGUGAUUUUGUGUGCACUGUACGGUUUUCUGUUUCUUAAGCGAUGAGCUGCUAACUCGGUGUUUAAAACCCUCUUCUUUGUUUUUUUCCUCAGCGAUUUGCGUUACGACAGAGAUGACGCGGCCAUGUUGAUGAAUCAGUGCCUUGCUCUCAUUGUCUCUAUCGUAGUGUUUGUGACGGGAAUCAAUCACGUGACCAAUGUACUGGUGUGCCGCUCUGUUGGGAUUGUGUUGCAUUAUUUCCUGCUCAGCUCAUUACUGUGGAUCGGCUGUAGUGGAGUGUGUCUUCACAGACUGAUAAGAACUGCUAUUGAGCCUGAGGAAUACAACCCUGUGCUGAGAUAUUAUAUGAUAAGCUGGGGUAUGGUCGCUUUUACUGCUUUUAGUGUAUUAACCCUUUAACUCCCAUGACUGACCAAGACAGAAUUUCUCCUUACAGGAUCAAUACAAUAUCAAUACAAUAUGACGUACAUAAGUUAUGAGAAUAAAGGGAAAUAUCAACAAGGGGACUGUUAGUUGAUACAAUACCAAAUUCCUCGAACCUACGUCAUUAAAAUCGUAUGGUUGACAGUAAGGAGAAUCACCGAUGAGAUCUUGGCAGUGAUAGGGUAAAGGACGUUUAGCGGUGAAUCAAUUCAAUUCUUUGGAAUCAAAAGUAUAGACAGCUUUCAUGAAGAUAUCUUUUGCUUGGAGAUUUUCUCAUCGUGGUUUUCCUCUUAGUUCGUUGUUUGUUGUCAAUGCUGUAGCAAUAUUCUUCCUGGAAUUUUGAUGGAGUGUUUAGGUUAUCGCACAAAAUGAGUCACUGAAACCUUGUUUUAUGAGUGCUGUGGUCACUCACAUUCUUUUUUUCAAACGAAGACACUGCAAUCAAAGAAAACAGGCCAAGGAAAUUUUGGAAAUGUCCCCUAGAAAUUGUGAAUCUUUACCCGUAUAAAGCCCCCCUUUCAUAGAACAUCGAUAAGAUUUUUUGUUACAUUCUGGUCAUUCAUCCCUCUCUAUGUUUUUUGUUUUGUUUUUGUUUUUUUAAAUUUUGCUAGGUAUACCACUCAUUAUUUGUGGAAUUACUACCGCCGGUAACCUUGAUAAUUACAAUGUUGACGACUAGUAAGUAUUUCAGAGUACAAAAUUGCCAACAGUACUUGAUUUAAUUCAAAAAUUAAAUCUUCACUAAUUCUUUCUAGUGGUGUAUUUUCCCCCCCAGAGUUUGAUAGGUGUCGAUUGUUAACUACAAAGAACUUUAAUUAUAUUGCCACUUGAUUUCGUUGUUGUUGUUUGUCUUUAAAUUCGUUUUUUGUUUAUUUGAAGCCAAUUUCUUUACUUUUUACGGGUUAUGACAAUUGGAGAAGAAUUUGCGGAAUUUGCGGAUACCGAAUGCAAGGCUUCGAAACACCGAAAUUCUCUAGAUUGCGUCGCUCGAUGACGCCGAAGAUCUAACCCUAGCUUUAAACCCGUUUCAGGGGAAUCGCGACUCGGUUAGUAUUUUUAUCCUUCCUAAAGCAAUGACAUGGUAUUCAAUUAUUACCGAGAAACUACAAUCGGAAGAAAGGGUCGUGUCACUUGCCAAUUUUUUAAGUUUUAGACAGAUUGCCGCACCGCCCCUAUUCGAUUCCACCCACUCCCCAAAGCGGCUGUGUUGUUCUAAUUUUUUCCCAUCUUCUUUUUCUUUUUUUAAUACCCAAGACUAUGUUCUUAUUUAAUACUGAAUUGGGGUAUAAGAGGUAACAUGAUGUAAUGAAGAAUAAUGUACAUGUUUAAAUCACAGCUGUCUUUGAGACAAAGUGUCUCAACUACAAUAGAAACUUACUGUAGAUAACAAUGAUUUUGUAUUGACCAAGUUUCUUUUCUCUUGCCCUGCAGUUGUUGGUUGAGGCUACAUCCCUUUUAUGGAGGAUUUGUGGGUCCUGCAUGUUUGAUUGUGCUCAUAGAUUUGUUCGUAUUCCUCCGCGUGUACAAUCUGAUGAAAAUUACAUAUGAAACAACAGUUGCACUGCAAACCAGUCAAGAACACGAUGCUGAUAUCACAGCAGAAGAAAACGCGCUCGUCAUUCAAAGUGAACCUUUGGAAAAUCCGGAUGAGGUCGGUGAUAACGUGGACAAAUCAUCUUUGCCAGAUAAACACGAAAUGCUAGAUCAAUUAAGGGGAAGCUGUAUUAUUUUAUUGUUCAUUAUCGCCAGUGUGGUUGGAGGAGUCUUCAUGAUUCGUUACCAACAUUCCCGCACCUGGUACGUUAUACUGAGUUGCGUGUUUGCGUUGGCUCUGAUUAUUUUGGGGUUCCUUGUCUUCGUAUUUUACUGUUACAGAAAGGAAAAGACUCGACUUUUCUGGAAAAAGUAUUGUUGCAAAUGUCAGUGCUUACCGAAAAAGGAAUAUCACUUACAACAAGAAAGUCCUCAAGCCUGCUCCUCUGAUGAAACUUCAUCGGCUAAAACGGCAGCUGAAACCGGAAAUGGAGCCGCAGCAGAAUUCGCUGGGGGUGAAAUUCAUGGUGCUAAAAAUCCUCUCUCGCCAGAUGAAGAUUCCCAGUCAAAUGUGUCCUUGCCGUAUUCAGCAGUCAUUACCAUCGAAAAGAAAGAUUGUGUAACGGCAAAAGAAACUGAUGCUCUAACUGACAAAGCACCAUCGGUGUCAGAUAAACAGUCAUGUAUCUCUGCUCCUCUUCCUCAGCCACACAAACCCCGAGGGCGGCUUCUUAAGCAUCCGCCAGGACAUCGACACAGCUAUAGUGGAAACGUCCGUCUUCCUAUUUCACAAGAAGAUCGUCGUGCACCUCUCGCCCCACCUGAGGGGACAGCAAGCUCCGUAGAAUCAAGUGUUCAGCUGCCUACGGACACUGCCUCUAUUGCUGCUCCAUCUGAAGGCCGCACAUCAGUACGUGACGAACAAGUCUGUGUGGAACCUGUGUCACGCAAUGCUAACACGUCUUGUUCAGCGUCUGAAGCGUCUGUUCCAAUAGAAAUUCCGCCAAUGAAAAGGAGACCUCCAGUCCCCGGAUCCUCUUCUCAAGGCUCUGACGUAGCGCCCCCAAUUCCAUCAAAGAGAAAUCGAAGUCCGCUCCCUGGUGUUCAAGCAGUCCCCACAUCAGCAUCUGACACUCAAGAUCUUCUCACUCAUUAUACAAUUCCAGAAACCACAACCAGCAUCCCGCGUGACAUCCCACGUGAUCAUGUCGUAGUGCGGGAACGGUAUCACAUUCCAUAUGAACCACGGGCAUUUUCGGAAAAACCACGUGACCAUUACCAAAUACUUCCUCUUCCUACGAGCAGGAGGGAUCAUUACGUAUUACACCCAGGGCACGAUCAAUAUCAAGGCCCACGAGGGCAAAAUUUUGGUCAUAACCCACACAAUCAGUUACAAGUAUCACCGGAUCAUUUCAAAAUACCCGAGGAUCAGAAUUUGGAUCCGAGAACUUUUAAUGUUAACCAAAUACCAAGUCAGACCCAAGGCCAGACCUUUUAUCACCUUGCACGUGAUCAAAGUCCCGCUCACAAGGUGCACGACCUUUAUCAGAUGGCACGUGAUUUGGCAUCUUCUCCCAGGGCAUAUGAGAAUUAUCAAGUGCCUCAAGAUAAUGUGGGGCAAAGGUCACAUGAUCAGCCGCAGAGGUCACUUGAACUUAGUCACAUACCUAUCGACCCCAGUAAGCCACCAGAGCUAUAUCAGGGACCUCGUGAUCACAUACCACGAGACCAGCCGCCAGCUGAUCGACCUUACGACCACCUUCCAGUUCCACUCGAGCAAAACCUUGUCCAUAGUGAUUCAUCACAGAAAGGAGGCGAACAAAACAUGGCACAUGACAACAUUCAUGGACCAUCGCCAGAACCCGUUGAAAGAGCGCACGAUCAAUAUGCUGGAGAAGGACCGCGUGAGCAACCUCAGGCGUUACCAUCCAGUGAAAUUUCAACAACCGCGGAUACAAGACCAGACGUCCCAAUCGAUAAAAAUGGAGUCAGGUCUCAAAAUGCUCCACGAGGCUCUCGUGAUAAGCCGAACGGAAUACAUGUCUCUCGUCGGAGGUCACGCAAUCCUUAUCAAAUUGCGCGUGACAUACAUCAUAAUCUUGGUAUUGAAACUAGAACAUCACGUCGGUCAAACCGUGCAGGAGCCGAACAACGAUCACAAUCUCGUAAAAAUUACGUCAAAGACGUACUAUCAAGCCCAGGCGAAACGCCAAAAGAGCGAACUCCGCGGUCAUCCAUGUCUUCGUGGCGAGAAGAGCGACCUAAGCCCGCAAAGAAAGAGUGGGCCCCUGAUAUACCAAAAACUGCAGUAUUUGUACCCAUUCCGCACCUGAAGCCUCCUACGCCUGAAAAGCCUCGCAAUGAAACAAGUGUUUGA